CCGUUAGCAUCACCAAUCGUCCAAUAUCAACACCACCUCACUUGGCGCAGCAGACACAAGUAAACAACACUCACUAAAGUGGAUUUUCCGAGGAAGAACACUAAAAAAAAAUGAGGUUACUAAAAAGCAAAAUACCAACAAUUAGUAGUGUUUUGAGAUCGAUCUAACAUCUAAACCCCAAAAAAUUGCGCAAUAAUGGAGCCUCCAACCGGGGUUUUGGCUUCUCUUUUGCAGUUUUUUCGCUUUUUGCCAUAUUUUAUUGGUCUUCUUCUUCUGGGAACAAUCAAAGGAGUUUUGUAGCCAAGCCAGCAACUUGUCAGGAUACUAUGCUCAAUUGAAGUCCAGGCCAGGCCCUGAGCAUAGGCGAGGGGUGCGACGGCCUAGGGCCCAAGGCGGAAGGGGCCCUUAAAUAAUUCGCAUCCAGUUAUUUUCUAUUAAUACAAAAUGACGCAGAUAUAUAAACAUAAAGCAUUAUGUCUCAGUGGUUAUACUCAGGUGUAUUGUUUUUCCCUUUGGUAUGCUUGUUAAUGACUGUGGGGAACAGUGCACUCAUCUUGGGGCUUUGGCCAGCACACCUUUGCUGGACAUAUUAUUGUGUUAUAAGAGCUAAGCAAGUAGGACCUGUGCUGAAGCUUGUGUUGUGCCCUUUGAUUUUUGUUGUUUUGAUCCUCUGGCCUGUGGUUGGCAUUGUUUCAAGCAUUGUUGGAGGUGCUGCAUAUGGCUUUCUUUCACCAGUAUUUGCUACUUUUGAUGCUGUAGGAGAAGGAAAGGAAGACGAAUUUUAUCACUGUGUUUAUGAUGGAACUUGGAGUACUAUUCAGGGUUGCUUUACUGUCAUCAGAGAUUUCAAAGAUGUUUGUUUUCAUUCGUAUUUCUCAAUUAUGGAUGACCUGCGAGAUCGUGGUCCUCCAGAUGCAAAGUAUUAUGAGAUUAGAAUACUUCAUCUUCCUGGAGCAAUUGUAGCUGGUGUCCUUGGUCUUUUGAUUGAUGUCCCAGUUAUCUCAAUCCUUGCCUUGUUCAAAAGCCCCUUCAUGCUCUUUAAGGGGUGGCACCGUUUGCUACAUGACAUGAUUGGACGCGAAGGUCCUUUCCUUGAGACAAUAUGUGUCCCUUUUGCUGGUCUUGCUAUUCUUCUCUGGCCAUUAGCUGUCGUUGGGGCAGUGAUGGGCUCCAUGGUUUCCAGUGUUUUCUUAGGGGCAUUUGCAGGGGUGGUUGCUUAUCAGAAGCUUUCACCUCCACUCUAUGCUCUUCAAGAAUAUCUUCUUGCGAAUUCCUUCUCUAAAGACUGUAAGGAGUCUUCCCUUAUGAUGGGGCUUCACUACAUUGUCGCUGCCCUAUCCCUUUAUGACGAAUACAGCAAUGAUGUUCUUGACAUGCCUGAGGGAUCUUGUUUUCCAAGGCCUUCUUACCGGAAGAAGGAGGCAUCAUUACAGACUCAGUCCCGUACACCUUCUUUCUCGAAGCCCAAUUCUUUCCAGAAGAUGCCCUCUCAAAAUGGUUCUUUGAGGCGUCCCAUGGUUGACUUAAAGCCAAUUGAGCUACUAGAUGGCUUGUUUAAAGAAUGCCAUCGCCAUGGUGAAGUGCUGGUUUCUGAAGGGAUAAUAUCUGUGAAGGACAUUGAAGAUGCAAAGUCCGGCAAAGAAAACCAGGGUGUUUUUAGCAUUGGUUUACCUGCUUACUGCAUCUUACAGAUGCUUAUACAGUCAGCAAAAGCUAAUUCUCUUGGUUUGUUGUUAAGUGAUAACACUGAAAUAACUAGCACGAACAGACCAAAAGAUACAUUCUUUGAUUGGUUUCUCAACCCACUUUUGGUUAUGAAAGAACAGAUAAAAGCAGAAAACCUCUCACCGGCAUUGGAAGAUUACCUCGGCAAAUCAGUUUUACUGAAUGGAGAUCCUGAGAGACUUCGAAGUUGUUGCACAGUAAACGCCCCUGAAGAUGAAGUAAAAAGAGCAGAACUUGAGGCACUGGCACGAAGGCUUCGAGGAAUCACAAAAUCAAUCUCAAGAUAUCCAACUUUUAGACGCCGUUUUGAAACUCUUACCAGAUCCUUAUUGGAAAAUAUGGCAACAAAGAGUGGUAGAGACCGUUCAAGAAAUGGGUCUGGAUCAGCUGCAAGGACAAGAAGUAGCAUCGUUCGAUUCCUUAGUGAUAGAUCAUUUAAACGCAGUAAAAGUGAAAGCAACUCGGACAUUGAGCUCCAUAAUCCGAUUGAGAAGGAUGUGGAGAUACAAUGAUUUUGAAUGCGUAAGAGUUCAUUUGUACAGAUUCUUGUAUAUGUCUGAUUUUUGGGAUUUUAGAUUUUGAAGCAUGUAUCUUGAUAUAACCUUGAAAAAGUUGUAGCUGUAAAAUUCAACAAUCAAUGACAAUCACCAGCAAACAAAAGACAAAACAAAUGUUUAGAAUGCCUAAAAUAAAUGUAUAGGCCUCUCAGGGACAGGAAGGUUGAAUUGUUGGACAUAUUAUUCUUCAUCAAAUAUUCAGACACAGGUUUUGGCCGUUGAGCCCAUUGAAUUGUAAUGGUAAACAUGGGCCUCAGGUUACCUA